AUGGAGACUCCAUACCCGAAACUCAUAGAUCCCUCGAAGACGCGAAUCGGAUGGAUUGGGAUCGGAAUAAUGGGAUCGGCGAUGGUCUCUCAUAUCCUCACCGCAGGCUAUUCAGUUACAGUUUACGCUCGCGAUCUCCGGAAGUCAAAGGAUCUGCAAACCAAAGGAGCUCGCACCGCCAAUUCUCCGAAGGAGCUAGCGGAGACGAGCGACGUCGUGUUCACGAUGGUUGGAAACGCUAACGACGUCCGAUCGCUGAUUCUCGGUCCCGACGGUGUACUCUCGGGACUCAAACCCGGCGGAGUAACCGUUGACAUGACUAGCAGCAAGCCAGCACUGGCGCGUGAGAUAUACGCGGAGGCGAGACGGAGGGACUGCUGGGCGGUUGACGCGCCGGUAUCGGGUGGUGACGCCGGAGCGCGCGAGGCGAGGCUAGCGAUAUUCGCCGGCGGAGAUUCCGAGAUCGUUGAGUUGUUGACUCCGAUGAUGAGUAACAUGGGGAUCGUGAGGUUUAUGGGAGCGGCGGGGAGUGGACAGAGCUGCAAGAUCGGGAAUCAGAUCUGCGCUGGAGGCAAUUUGGUUGGGCUCGCGGAAGGGAUGGUGUUCGCCGAGAAAGCCGGUUUAGAUCCGGUGAAAUGGCUUGAGGCGGUGAAGGACGGCGCGGCUGGAUCGGCGGUUAUGCGGCUGUUUGGGGAGAUGAUGUUUAAAAGGGAUUAUAAGGCGACUGGGUUUGCGGAGUAUAUUGUGAAAGAUUUAGGAAUGGCGGCGGAGGAGGAGGCGGUUACGGCGAUGCCUGGAGCUGCUUUGAGCAAGCAAUUGUUCUCUGGAAUGGUUGCAAAUGGAGAUGGGAAGUUAGGGAUUCAAGGCGUCGUCUCUGUUAUUCGGAGACUUAACGGCAUUUCAUGA